AAAAAGGGCCGGGCGGGGAAGAAACUAAUCGAGGUUUUUUGGACUCAUAGAGAGAGAAAGUAAUACAAAAACUACUUGGGAUUUGAUUGUAAUUUUAUUUUAAAAUUAUUCCUCUUCUCUGUUGUUUGGUGCUGUGUUUGAGAAGAGAAGAAUAUGCCAUUUCUAUACAAACAUUCUCAGAUUCCACAAUUCCUUAUUCAUUCCUUCUUCUUCUUCUUCUUCUUCUUCUUCUUCUUCUUCUUUUAAACAUUCAAUUCUACCCGAGCAGUUCCCUUUAACUACUUCAUCCAGAUUAUGUGGAGUCCAAUACAAGGUUUUGAAGCUUUGUUCGUGCUGGCUGCGGUGCCUACCAAGUAUUCUCUUGUGAUUUGAAUAUUGUAAUUUGAAUUUGUGAAGAAUUGUUUGAUGGGAACCGAUAGGCAAUCUUCUGGUUUGCUGGAUAACUUUAGAAUGGAGAGUGUCAGGACCAUUCUGACUCACAAAUAUCCUUACCCUCACGAGCAUUCACGUCAUGCUAUGGUUGCAGUUGUCGUAGGGUGUCUUUUCUUUAUCUCGUUCGACAACAUGCAUACCCUCAUACAGAAAUUAGACAAUAACAUUAAAUGGUGGUCAAUGUACGCCUGCUUGCUGGGUUUUUUCUACUUCUUUUCAUCCCCAUUUAUCAGGAAGACUAUUAAGCCCAGCUAUUCGAAUUUCAGUCGAUGGUAUAUAGCCUGGAUUCUAAUUGCAGCCCUGUACCAUCUUCCUAGUUUUCAGUCAAUGGGAGUGGAUAUGAGGAUGAAUCUUUCUCUAUUUUUGACAAUAUAUAUUUCUUCCGUUUGUUUUCUUCUCGUGUUCCAUAUUAUAUUUCUUGGCCUUUGGUAUAUUGGAGUUGUUGCUCGUGUAGCUGGGCAGAGGCCAGAAGCCUUGACCAUUAUGCAAAAUUGUACAGUUCUUAGCAUUGCCUGCUGUGUAUUUUAUAAUCAUUGUGGUAACCGCGCUAUAAUGAAAGAGAAAAUCUUUGACCGGAGACAUUCUGGGUGGCUCUCAUUUUGGAACAAAGAAGAGAGGAACACGUUGCUGGCAAGUUUACUGCAUAUGAAUGAGUGGAAGGAUCAGAUAUGUUCAUCUUGGUUUGCUCCGGUUGGGUCUGCCAGUGAUUACCCACUUUUAUCCAAAUGGGUCAUCUAUGGAGAGUUGAGCGGGGGUCCGUCAGAUGAAAUCUCACCCAUAUACUCAUUAUGGGCCACAAUUAUAGGGCUUUAUAUGGCCAAUUAUGUGGUGGAGCGAUCCUCAGGAUGGGCCCUUACCCAUCCUCAGUCAGCGGAGGAAACUGAGAAGUUAAAGAAGCAGCAAGUGAAACCUGAUUUCCUGGAUAUGGUUCCUUGGUAUUCAGGAACCUCUGCUGAUUUAUUCAAGACUGUUUUCGACCUAUUGGUGUCUGUAACUGUAUUCGUGGGUCGGUUUGACAUGCGUAUGAUGCAGGCUGCAAUGAGCAGGAUCCGAGAUGUCUCUGACUCACAAAAGGGUGAUCUCUUAUAUGAUCAUUUCUGUGAAAAGGAAGACCUAUGGUUUGACUUCAUGGCAGAUACAGGAGAUGGUGGAAACUCGUCGUAUUCUGUGGCCCGGUUACUGGCUCAACCUGAGCUUGAGAUAAAUGAUGAGAAGUCUUUUCAUGUCCUACCCCGUGGAGACGUACUUCUUAUUGGAGGAGAUCUUGCGUAUCCCAAUCCUUCAUCCUUCACAUAUGAGAGACGUUUUUUUUGCCCUUUCGAAUAUGCUCUUCAACCCCCACCUUGGUAUAAACCUGAGCAUAUAGCUGUGAACAAGCCAGAACUACCUGAUGGGGUAUCUGAAAUGAAGCAAUACGAUGGGCCUCAAUGUUACAUGAUUCCUGGAAACCAUGAUUGGUUUGAUGGGCUUCAGACUUUUAUGAGAUACAUAUGUCAUAAAAGCUGGUUAGGAGGGUGGAUUCUUCCUCAGAAAAAAAGUUAUUUUGCACUGCAACUUCCCAAAGGAUGGUGGGUAUUUGGUCUUGAUCAAGCUCUUCAUGUCGACAUUGAUGUAUACCAAUUCAAAUUCUUCUCAGAACUGAUAAGAGAUAAGGUUGGAGAGAACGAUUCGGUGAUCAUUAUGACACAUGAACCUAAUUGGAUACUUGAUUGGUACUGGAAUGAUGUCUCUGGGAAGAAUGUUUCGCACUUAAUACGUGACCAUCUGAAGGGGAGAUGCAAGCUUCGGAUGGCCGGGGACUUGCACCAUUACAUGCGGCACUCCGCUGUUCAGUCAGAUAAGCCAGCUUUUGUAGAGCAUCUACUUGUGAAUGGUUGUGGUGGGGCAUUUUUGCAUCCUACACAUGUCUUCAGUAACUUCAAGAACUUAUAUGGAACUGCUUAUGAAUGCAAAGCUGCUUAUCCUUCGUUUGAAGAUUCGAGUAGGAUAGCGCUAGGAAACAUUUUGAAAUUCAGAAAGAAGAACUGGCAGUUUGACUUUAUCGGUGGCAUCAUAUACUUUUUAUUGGCUUUCUCAGUGUUUCCUCAGUGUAAGGUCGAUCAUAUUCUGCGUGACGCUGCAUUCUCCGAUCAGUUGAAGAGUUUUUUCAUUACAGUAUGGCACGCAUUUAUCUACAUUCUGGAACACUCAUAUGCCUCUUCAGCAGGGGCGCUGCUCUUGCUGAUAACAGCAAUUUGUUUUGUCCCAUCGAAACUGUCACGGAGAAAGCGGGCAGUAAUAGGAUUUCUUCAUGUUUCGGCGCACAUGGCUGCAGCACUCAUUCUAAUGCUUCUGUUAGAGCUGGGCGUCGAGAUGUGUAUUCGUCAUAAACUUUUAGCAACAUCAGGCUAUCACACUCUAUAUGAAUGGUACCGCAAAGUUGAGAGUGAACACUUCCCAGACCCAACGGGCCUUCGUAUUCGUAUGGAACAAUGGACAUUUGGCCUUUACCCAGCAUGUAUUAAGUACCUCAUGUCCGCAUUUGAUGUCCCGGAGGUCAUGGCUGUAACGAGAAGCACGAUAUGCAAGAUGGGGAUUCACUCGCUUUCUCGUGGGGGUGUAAUCAUUUACUAUGCUUCAGUUUUCCUCUACUUUUGGGUCUUUUCGACCCCUGUGGUCUCCUUGGUGUUUGGGAGCUACUUAUACAUCUGCAUUAACUGGCUCCACAUACACUUUGAUGAAGCCUUCUCUUCUUUGCGAAUUGCAAAUUACAAGGCAUUCAACCGUUUCCAUAUUACCCGUAACGGUGACCUCGAAGUAUUCACUCUUGCAGUCGAUAAGGUUCCGAAGGAUUGGAAAUUGGAUACAGAGUGGGAUGCAGAGGCAAGACAACCGCAACAAUUGAGCCACCGGAGAAGGCAUCCUAGCAAGUGGACUGCUGUUACUGCUCAACAGGAUCCAGUAAAUACUGUUCGAAUUGUUGAUCAUUUUGUUAUCGAACAUACUUCCGCCACAACCGCUGUAACUCCUACUAGCCCUUGUAAUCCCUAGUUCAGAUGCAAAUAAUUUACGGGAUUUAGUCAUUCACUUAGUCCAGGCUUUAUUGUGUGAUAUGUAGAACGUUAAUGUUUAUCUCUUCAUUAUUUGUGAAGAAAAAUGAAAAGAAAGAAAUAGAAAGAAUGAAGAAAUAGUUUAGAACCAGCAA